GGAAGCCCUCCCUCACCCCACCCCCUUUGUGUUCACCCUAAGGCACUUGCAAAGUUUCAUUUUACUCAAGGCUUUGUGCAGCACCACAGUGAGAAAAGUGCUCUACACCUAAUUAUGAAGCUCAGGUUUGCCCAGGCUCUUUCUGCACAGCUUCUGCUGUUUUCAGGAAAAUCUACGGCAUCAAUUUCACAGAAAGGUGGCGGCAGUGGCAACAGGAGCGACAAUGUCAUUGUGGGCAUCCUGGUCUUCACGCUCCUCCUCCUCCUCCUCUUGCUCUUUCUAGCAUGGCGGCACCUGAGCUACGCCUCAGAAGGAACGUACCACCCCUGGCGCCUGAUGAGGGGGCUCAUCAUUCGCUUGCAGAACCUUUGGGUGCAGAUCCGAAGUGAAGCGUUAUCCCAAGAGGACCCGGAUGAAAAGCAGAGUGACGAAGAUCUUGGGGAGCAGCAGGAGGAUGAUACAGAGAAUGAGGAGCAGGAGCAGGGAGAGGAGCUGCUCCCCCAGCAGGCUGACAAUGAGUCAGAGGAGGAGGAGGAGAGGCAGGAAAUGCUUGACGAGAGAGCUGAACUGGAGCCAACUGAAAAGGAAGCCGCUCAGGACCCCUUAAAGGAAGAAGAGCCCUCAGGGGCCGUGGAGGGCAAGGCGGGAGUCUUGCUUAGUGAUCUGCAUUCCUUUUCUGGGACAGCAGCUUGGGAGGACAGCAGCAAACAAGCACAAGCCACUGCCCUCUAGAAGCAGCAGGCAAAGGAGGACUCCAAAGAAGGCUACAGUCCAUAGCUGCACUUGACUCCAGGCCCACCUGGCCAUUGCCACAGAUUUGAGACCCACAGACAAGACAGAGGCUGAUGGCACCCUGCUUGACCUGUUUUCCCCUUCUUGUUUGUACCACCUUACCUGUUUGGUCAAGCUUAUCACACACACAAAAAAUAGCAGCCUGUUUUGUUCUGUUGUGUUUUUUUUAACCCAUCUCCCUAUUACAAUAAAGCAGAGGAAGCAGGCUGCACCUCA